UUAAGAGGACUCUGUAACACUCUUAAACUAUCUCCAUUAGCAAGCUUGAGCUAAUUCUCUUUCUGGGACUAAACUGCUUGGGCACCAUGAUUGCUUUGACAAGCUCACCUUUGAACAUGCUUGGUUGCUUCAUUAUAUUGUUGCUUCUUCCUUAUCAUUCUUUGUCAGCUGAUCCUGAUCCGUUGCAGGACUUCUGUGUUGCUGAUUUAAAUGCUACUGUAUCUCUUAAUGGCUUCCCUUGCAAGCCAGUUGCAGAAGUUACUUCAGAUGAUUUCUUCUUUGAUGGAUUGAGCAAAGAGGGCAACACAGACAAUCCUUUCGGUUUUGCUGUUGCACAAGGAAAUGUUCUUUCAUUUCCAGGACUCAAUACGCUUGGGAUAUCCAUGAACCGUGUCGAUCUUGCUCCUAGAGGAAUAAAUGCACCUCACUCGCAUCCUCGUGCCACCGAAAGCAUUGUCGUUAUUAAAGGGAAGGUUCUUGUUGGGUUUGUGUCAACAAGUAAUGUGUAUUUUUACAAGGUUUUGACUGUAGGGCAGAUGUUUGUCAUUCCCAGAGGACUUGUUCAUUUCCAGUAUAAUGUUGGACAUAGCAAAGCAAGUCUGCUCACAGCUUUCAACAGUCAGUUGCCCGGGGCUGUGAUCGUCUCUCGAACUUUAUUCGCUUCAAAUCCUCCAAUUCCCAAUCAAAUUCUGACCAAGACCUUCCAAGUCGAUGAUGAUGUUAUCAACAGCAUAAAGUCCAAGUUUGCCUAGUUUCAUUCUCAAUUUGCCCACUUAUCUACUGGUUGCGUUCUUUUCUUCCUUGCCAUUAGUAAUCUCAGUCACAUUCCUAUAUAGAGAAUGACCUUUACUGCUUAGAAGGCAGUCAUGUGAUAAUAAUUUAUGUAGUUCAUUUGUUACUGAUACUUUCCCUUUCAUCCGUCCCAUAAAGUGUCGAAGAUGAUAUAACGAUGUGUAUCAUUUCAUUACACUUCAAAUAAUCAAAUAAUCAGAAAGAACACAGCCUUAGAUUCA